AUGAAGAUCGAACCUGUCCAAGUGUCAUGGUCCGACAACUGGAUGUACCUCAUCACGGAUGAGGCAACGCAGGAGGGAGCUGUUGUGGACCCAUGGGAUAAUGAGGGUAUAGCCAAGAAGGUCAAAGACGCGGGUGUCAAGGUGACGAGCGUGAUCACGACGCACCACCACGAUGACCACUCAGGCGGGAACAGCAAGUUCGUCAAGGCUCACUCUGGGGUUAAGGUAUAUGGAGGGAGCAAGAAGGGGCAGGGAGUGGACCAUAUCGUCAACGAUGGGGAUACAUUCAAGAUCGGGGAGAAUAUCGAUGUAAAGUGUCUCCAUACUCCGUGUCAUACCCAAGACUCGACCUGCUUCUACCUUGAAGACAAGAAGGCGGAUCAGCGAGGCGUCUUCACGGGCGACACGCUCUUCCUGGCCGGCUGCGGUCGCUUCUUCGAGGGUACACCUGCUGAGAUGCAUGCUGCUUUGACAAAACUCGGUACCUUGCCAUCAGACACGGUCGUGUACAAUGGACACGAGUACACGCAGGGAAGCACCAAGUUCGGAUUGAAGAUUGAGCCAGAUAAUGAGGCGCUGCAGGGUCUUGCGAAACGCGCCGAGACCGAUAAUUGCACGACAGGCAAGUCGACCAUUGCGGACGAGAAGACCUGGAAUGUGUUUAUGCGGCUCGACACUCCCGAGGCGAAGAAGGCGACUGGGGAGAGCGAGCCCGUAAGGGUAAUGGGGAAGCUGAGGGAUAUGAAGAACAAGGGGUGA